AUGGCCCUCACUGACACAUAUGGAACCUACGAGAAGGAAAUGGAAAGAGCUUGCAACGAUGGAAAAAAGGCAGCUGAACACUUUCAGAAGAACCUGCCUAAGAUGAUGAACGAAGUCCAACCAUGGAUGAAAGAAAUGAUGAAGGCUGUAGCAGACAUGAGUAAAGUGUCCGCACCCCAGCGGCUUGUCAUCGAGGUGUUCGCUUGGUCGGGGGUAUUGGUGUUGGCAUGUUCCGUGGGAUCUUUGCUCGGAGCUUACGUGCUCAGCUCAGUUUUCGCUGCCAUGAUCUCAAAAUUCACCGCCUCCAUACUUGCAUAUUUUGUCAUUCCUAUUGCAAUUCAUGCUUCUAUUAAGCAUAAAGAAAGACAAUUCCAAAGCGACAAUAAUAUUCGAAGAAUGAUGAUAGCGUCGACAUUCGGGCAAGGCUUACUUAUGGGAUAUACGAUAAAUCAACGUUACCUCAGCUCACAACCACUCGCUUUUAUCACCCCCAUAGCUGUUUCAUUCGGAUAUGCCACCCGAGGACACGCAUUCCAAAACCUACACAACGCCUUCUACGCCCUUUUCAAAGGAAUGACAUUCUACUGCUUCGGAACUUACAUCGAAUAG